UGGAGCGGGGGAGCAGGUAGAUGGACUUCAGUGCUGGACUCAGCUGCCGGAGGAGACAGAGGUGCCGAGAUGUAUCCAGAGUCGGAGAAACUCACUGGUCUGAUCGCAGCUACGUUCACUCCGCUCACUCCACAGGGUGAGCUGAACCUGGCGGUGAUCGGACCCUACGUGGACCACCUGCUGGAGAAACAGGGCGUGCGCAGUGUGUUCGUGAAUGGGACAACGGGUGAAGGCUGCUCUCUGAGCUUGGAGGAACGCAAGAAGCUGGCGGAGGAGUGGUGCCGCCAGGGCAAAGGGAAACUAGACAAGAUCAUCGUUCAUGUCGGCUGCUUGAGCAUUAAAGACUCGCAGGAACUGGCUCGUCACGCCGCGUCAGUGGGAGCCCACGCCAUCGCCGUCAUGUCACCGUCCUUCUUCAAACCCAGCAGUGCAGAGGCGUUACAGAUGUUUCUAAAGGAAGUGGCUUCAGCGGCUCCACAGCUUCCUCUCUACUAUUAUCACUUACCCAGUCUGACCGGAGUGAACCUGAACGUGAGGGAGGUCCUGGAGGGCAUUGAGAAGAAGAUUCCCUCGUUCCGAGGGCUGAAGUUCAGCGGACUGGAUCUAAGAGAUCUGGCACAAUGCAUCAGUUACUGCCGUCCUCGCGGCUGGUCCGUCCUGUACGGAGUGGACGAGCAACUGCUAGGAGGCUUGACGAUGGGGGUCGGCGGUGCCGUGGGGAGUACGUACAAUUACGUGGGUGACUUCAUGAACAAGAUGCUGAGUGCCUUCGAAAAAGGAGACCUCGCUCUCGCACAAAAUCUCCAGUUUAAAUUGCAGGAUGUCAUGACUUACGCAAACAGUCUAGGUUUCAACCUGUCCAUGAAUAAGGAGAUGAUGAGUUUGUGCUCCGGCUUGCCCAUGGGUCCUCCGAGGCUGCCGCUGCUCCAGUGUCCCUCCGACCAAGCUCAGGAUGUGGUCAAUAAACUCCGACAGGACAUGGGGGCGUGUCCUAAAUAACACACACAAAUCAGGCGCGCUGGGUACGCACGGGAUGUCACGGUCCCGCACGUGAAGGCUAAUGUCGGCACGAGCGCAUUUAUUCGCUUCCAUACAAAACCUGUAACUUGAUAUUUUUAUUAUUUUACUGUAUGAACACGGCGACAGGUUUCUUUCUCUUAAGGAAUCUGUGGUGUGUAGAACACACAGUUCAAUAGUACUGUACUAAUUUGAAGGGACUGUUGAUUAACCACGUACUGUACAUUAUACACAUGUAUACAAAGUAAAUUCAUAUACAGCAUAUAACCAUUUAUUAAAUAUAGUAGCCUUUUCCUAAACUUUUAUCAAAAAUCAGAAAAAGUUCAAUAGGCACACUUUUGUUAAUUUUUUUAGGUUUUUUCAUAAGAUUUUUUCAUAAACCUAAAUAUGUAGGGUUGUAGAUUAAAUUGUCUCAAAUUUUAUUAUUUUGAUAUCCAGAUCAAACUAAACUCUGAUAUUCAGUUGCCAUGAAAAACUAUCCGCCCAUUUUUUUGCAUAUUUGUAACACUUUCCUUUUUUUUUUAGUUCUACUUUAGUGAUUUCUUUGAUUCAACAGGCCUGGCAGUAAUCUUAUUUUAUUUAUUUUUUUAUCACAGUUUAUUAUUAUUACAAUUUAACAAUGAGGGCAAUUACCUUUUCACAUAGGACUAGGUAGUUUUGGACAGCAUUUUUUACCUUAUUAAAUUAAAUAGUUAUUUAAAAACUGCGUUUUGCAUUUAAUCAGGUUAUCUUUGCGUAGUAUAAAAUUAAAAGAAGGGGAAAAAUCAGUGCAGUGAAAAAGUAUUUUUUCACCUUACUGUGUCCUUCUACAUCAGGGUCUACGCAGGGCCUGUAUGCCUACAGCAC